AUGGCAAAAAUCUCAACAUUGCUGUCUGCCGUCUUCCUGGCUAUUGGAGGCUUUCUCUUCGGCUAUGAUAGCGGUAUCGUCACUUCCACUAUCGGCCAGACCGAAUUUAUCAAGUAUUUUUCAAACCCCAAUGACACUGUCACUGGUGGCAUCGUUUCCGCAUUCCAGGGUGGCGCAAUCCUUGGUACCAUCAUAAACAUGUUCACAGGUGAUCGGCUAGGCCGUAAGAUGUCUGUGUUUACUGGCGCUUGUAUCUCAUGCUUUGGAUGUGCUCUGCAAGCUGGCUCUGUCAACAUGACUAUGCUCAUCAUUGGUCGAUUUAUUGCUGGUGCGGCGGUUGGUAUGCUCACCUCUGUCGUACCAAUGUAUGCCGGUGAGAUGGCUGAGUCUUCGACUCGUGGCAUGAUGUCCGGUCUGUUACAGUGGAUGCUGAGCUGGGGAUACCUGGUCGCUCAGUGGCUUGGGUACGGUCUGUCAUUCACUGAAACUUCUGUUCAAUGGCGCUUUCCACUCGCUUUUCAGUGUAUCCCCGGUCUAAUCCUUGCUACUGGCGUGUGGUUCCUUAACGAAUCUCCCCGCUGGCUUAUGGAGAAGGAUCGUCACGACGAGGCUCUUGCCACACUGCAAAGGCUCCAUGGAGAUGGAACCCCGGAGAAGGAACAAUAUAUUGAGCUUGAGUUCCAAGAAAUUCGUGAAGCUAUCGAUGCUGAGCGUGCGUCGACAAAGAUUACAUGGACCUCGAUUCUCACUAAACCUUCUUGGCGCCGUCGUCUCAUCCUGGGAUGUGCUGUCCAAGCCUUUGGUCCUUUGUCUGGCAUUAAUGUCAUUAACUACUACGGCACACGCAUCUACGCAUCCCUGGGAAUUGAUACAAAGACCUCACUUAUGAUCAUCGGUAUCUCCGGAGCUCUGUCGAUUGUAUACUGUACCGGUGGUCUCUGGGCCCUGGAGCGAGUUGGUCGUAUCAAGCCUCUUAUCAUUGGAUCAGCUGGAAUGGCUCUUGCUUUGGUUUGCAAUGCCGCUAUGUCCCAGCACUAUGAUGAGAGUAAUGGCAAUGAGCUCCGUGCAAUGGUGGCCAUGAACUUUGUUUUCAGCUUCUUCUACACUUUUAUUGGUAUUAUCUCAUGGGUAUAUCCCGCUGAGAUUUUCCCAGUAGACAUUCGAAACCAAGGCAACUCGGUCACCACCUUCACAAAUUGGACCAUCAACCUGAUUUUUGCCCAAUUCUCGCCAACAGCAUUAUCCAACAUUGGAUUCCGCUACUUUUACGUUUUCUUCGUAUUCAACAUAAUCGCCAUGAUUUGCUAUAUCCUCUUCUUCCCGGAGACCAAAGGCAAGACCUUGGAACAGAUGGAUUUGCUGUUUGGUGACGCCAACGUGGUACCUUCUUCUAUUGAAAAGGUCGGCGCGGAAGUGGAACAUGCAGAGUGA